AUGACCGAUGCUGCUGAAUCGCGAUUUGCAAUCAAGUCGGGCGUGAAGCUACAAGGCGAUCGCUGCGUGUUGGUUUCAAGCUAUGGGAAAAUGAAGCGGCCACUGGCACUGGAUCAAGCGCAACAAAGUCAAUCAUCCGUGAUAGGCUUGUUUUCAAGGGACCAUGUGGGAGCAAUACCUUCUAUUCGUACUGGAUUCAAUACAGAGAUGAGACGAUUCUUGUCAACGGUGGGGUUACACAAAGCUUUUCAUAUAGAAGCAACAACAAAUCCAAUACUCAGCAUUGUGUUGUCUGGAAGAUGCAUGGAUGAUGAAGAUUAUGGCGAUUGGAUUGUAUACACUGGCACUGACAACAACGACGACGAUGAUGAUGGCGAGCAAACGCAUGACCAAAGACUCGAAGGAUACAACCUGAUGCUGGCAAAAUGCUGUGCUGCUCCCAUCAACGCAAAGCGAGGUAGUCAUGCACAUGAAUAUUGGCUGCAAGGUACACCUAUUCGUGUCAUUCGUGGAUCGGGAUCAGUGCGUCUUCUUGGAUCUAGCCAGACGUAUAUGCCGUGCAGAGGGUUUCGUUACGAUGGUAUUUACAAGGUGGUUCAGUACAAGCCAAGAAGAGGACUUCAGGGGAACAUAGUAUGGCAAUUUGCAUUGCGGCGUUGUGAUCCAUCACCAGCACCUUGGACAAAGAAAGAUAAGUAG